UCUUCAGCCAUAUUAACUCUUUUGUUCUUUCUCUCUCAUGGAUAUGGCUGACCCUCAGAACGACGCCGUUCUUGCCUACCCUCACAAUAACCUCAAUAAUAAUAAUAAUCUCCACCAGCUUCCCCUCCUCACUGUUACUCUCAAGUUUGAAGAAGUUGUUUACAAAGUGAAAUUAGAAGGGAAAGGCGGCGGCGGAGGCGGCGGCUGCUGCGGCGGCGGCGGUUCAUGGGGCGGCACUAGAGAAAAAACCAUUCUAAACGGAAUAAGUGGAGUUGUUUUCCCCGGCGAAAUACUCGCCAUGCUUGGCCCUUCCGGCAGCGGAAAAACCACCCUUUUGACAGCACUUGGCGGCCGUCUCUCCGGCAAACUCUCCGGCAAAAUCACUUACAAUGGACACCCAUUUUCCGGCGCUACCAAGCGCCGGACCGGCUUCGUCGCCCAAGAUGACGUUUUAUACCCUCAUUUAACCGUCGCCGAAACCCUUCUCUUCACCGCCCUCCUCCGCCUUCCCUCCUCCCUUACUGCCGACGAAAAAGCCCAAGCCGUUGAACGAGUCAUCUCCGAGUUGGGUCUCACUCGCUGCCGCAACAGCAUGAUCGGCGGCCCACUUUUCCGGGGAAUCUCCGGCGGAGAGAAAAAAAGAGUCAGUAUCGGUCAAGAGAUGCUGAUUAACCCUAGCUUGCUUUUGCUCGACGAACCCACCUCCGGUUUAGACUCCACAACCGCCAUGAGAAUCAUCACCACCGUUAAACGCCUCGCCGCCGGCGGUCGGACAGUUGUCACGACAAUUCAUCAGCCGUCCAGCCGCCUUUACCACAUGUUUGAUAAGGUUGUUUUGCUGUCGGAAGGCAGCCCAAUUUAUUACGGCGCAGCUUCAACCGCCAUGGAUUAUUUCUCCUCCAUUGGAUUCUCUACCUCCAUUACCAUCAAUCCAGCUGAUCUCCUUCUCGAUCUUGCAAAUGGAAUCGGCCCUGAUUCGAAAUAUGCAAACGACGGAGGAGAGAACAUGGAACAAGAACAAAAGGGUGUGAAAGAAGCCCUAAUUUCAGCUUAUGAUAAGAACAUUUCCUCCACAUUGAAGGAUGAGCUUUGUAGUUUGGAUGCUAAUAACUUCACUAACUAUGCAAAAGAUGCCUCAAAGAGAGAGAGGAGAUCAAGAGAAGAGUGGUGCACGAGCUGGUGGUAUCAAUUCAGAGUGCUAUUGCAAAGAGGGCUAAAGGAGAGAAGGUAUGACGCCUUCAACAAGCUAAGGAUCUUUCAAGUCAUAAGUGUAGCCAUUCUUGGUGGACUCCUUUGGUGGCACACUCCGACAUCCCACAUCGAAGAUCGUAUAGCGUUGUUGUUCUUCUUCUCCGUCUUUUGGGGCUUCUACCCGCUCUACAACGCCGUAUUCACCUUCCCACAAGAACGCACCAUGCUAAUCAAAGAGCGAUCCUCUGGCAUGUACCGUCUCUCCUCCUACUUCCUCGCACGAACCAUCGGUGACCUUCCUUUAGAACUCGCUCUCCCAACCGCCUUCGUUUUCAUAAUCUACUUCAUGGGUGGCCUCAACCCUCACCCUCCCACCUUCCUCCUCUCCCUCCUCAUCGUCCUCUAUAGCGUCCUCGUCUCGCAGAGCCUCGGCUUGGCAUUCGGUGCCAUUCUCAUGGAUGUCAAGCAAGCCACGACGCUCGCCUCCGUCACGACGCUCGUCUUCCUCAUCGCUGGUGGCUACUACAUUCAACAAAUUCCUCCGUUCAUUGUGUGGCUUAAGUAUCUCAGCUAUAGCUUCUAUUGCUACAAGCUUCUGUUGGGUGUGCAGUACAAAAACGACGACGUUUAUGAGUGUGGGAAAGGGGAGUUUUGUCGGGUGGCGGAUUUUCCGGCGGUUAAGUCGGUCGGGUUGGACCGGCUUUGGGUUGAUGUUUGUAUUAUGGCGCUCAUGCUGGUUGGGUAUCGGCUGGUUGCUUUCUUGGCUCUUCAUAGGGUGAGAUUGAGAUGAAGAAUUAAAGAGAGUUUUUGUUCUUUGGGGUAUGGCUUUGUAUGUUUUGUAAUUUGUUCUUGGUUUCUCUUUCUCUCUCUAUGACUCUCUUGUAUCAUCAUUGGUAGCCAAUAAGGGCAAAGUUGGAAGAGUUUUCAUCUUCUUCGAUCCA